AUGGCAACACUUCUGGAGCGUGGAAAGUCUUUGGUGAUCUUCGUUAGAAACCACUCUCAUAUAGUGGCACUGUUGGCGGAGUUUACUCACAAAGCAAGGCCUGAGUCGAAGUCGAGAGCAGGAAGGGACAGUUAUGCAACGGUUUUUGAUGACAGUUUCUGGCAACAGGUUAAGGACAUGCUAGAGGUGUCCAAGGAUGUUAUGCUGCUUCUUCGUGUUGUGGACGGUGAUAUACCUGCGAUUGGAAAGAUAUAUGAGUGCAUGAACAGGUUGGAUGCAAGUUUAGAGGAAGGACAGUCGGAUUAUGGCAGGUACAGGGAACUUCAUCAGAUCAUGUCUAAUAGGUGGCAUGAGUAUCACUCGCUCAUGCACUCGGUGGCGUACAUGUUGGACCCCGAGUUUCAGGAGUAUGAAAAACAUGCUAACAGAGAGGUCAUGAAGGACUGGAAUGCUUAUCUGCUGGCCAUGUUUACAUCCAGUGAGAGGGAUGUGAUACGUGAUGAGCUUUUAACUUACCGGAGGAUAGGAGGCAUUUUCAACUCAUAUGAUGCUAAGGCUGAUCGCACUAAGAGGGGAGCUGUACGUUGGUGGGAGGAUUAUGGUUAUGAAACUCCAGCUCUUCAGAAGUUGGCCAUUCGAGUUCUAAGUCAGGCAUGCUCGUCGUCCUCGGUAGAGAGAUUGUUCAGUACUUUCGAGCAUGUUUCUUCAAAAAAGAGGAACAGACUUACCAUGGACAGGACAGCGGAUCUGGUUUUUGUGGCUUGCAACACCAGGUUGUUAACCUGCAAAAAUGAUCGUGAUUACGACAAGUUUGUAAGCUACAAAGUCCUGGAGACAGUUCCUCAUCCUGAAGACGAGCUUGAGUCAGGACAGGAAGAGGAAGAUGGAGAUGAUGUCGAAGAUCGUGAGGUCGAAGAUCAUGAGGUUGAAGAUGACGAUGAGAUGCAGGAUAUUUGA